ACACAACUCAGCAGAGAGACUGACUCUGUUUGGGAGAAUGUAAGGGAAGAAAGCAAGAGUUUCUGCCUGGUAAUUUAGAUAAUUCUUCCACAUCUUAUUUAGGACCAUAAAGGCAAUACCACUACAAGUCUUUCAGAGCCACAACAUUAGUAGGCUUAGGGUGCCUCUAAUGUAUAUAUGGCUACAGUUACUAGAAACAUAGAUCACAACACCCAAGUUUCUUUGAAUACCUGGAAAGCCUUCCCAAGAAGGACUGGGACAAACAAGCCCAGACUGUAAAGACUGCAAUAAAUGCCUAACUCUUCAAUGUCCAGACAUCAGUGAACAUCCACAAGCAUCAAGACCAUUCAGGAAAACAUUGGCCUCACCAAAUGAACUAAAUAAGACACCACAGACCAAUCCUGGAGACAGAGAUAUGUGUCCUUUUGGGUGGAAAAAUCAAAAUAGUUGUUUUGAGGAAGUACAACAAAAUUCAAGAUAAUACAGAGAAGGAAUUCAGAAUCUUAUCAGAUAAAUUUAACAAAGAGAUUAAAAUAAUAAAUAGAAUCAAGCACAAAUCUUGGAGUUGAAAAAUGCAGUUGACCUACUGACGAAUGCAUCAGAAUUUCUUAACAGAAUUGAUCAAGCAGAAGAAGGAAUGAGUGAACUUGAAGACAGGCUAAUUGAAAAUACACAGAGGAGAAAAAAGAAUAAAAAGGAAUGAGGCACAACUACAAGAUCUAGAAAAUAGCCUCAAAAGGGCAAAUUUAAGAGUUAUUGUCCUUAAAGAGGAGGUAGAGAUAGAGUUAGGCGUAGAAAAUUUAUUCAGAUAGAUAAUAACAGAGAGCCUCUCAAACCUAGUAAAAGAUAUCAAUAUUAAAAUACAAGAAGGUUAUAGAGCACCGAGCAGAUUUAACCCAAGACUACCUCAAGAUACUUAAUAAUCAAACUCUCAAAGGUCAAGGAUGAAGAAAGGAUCCUAAAAGCAGCAAGAGAAAAAGAAAAAAACAUGUAAUGGUGCUCCAGUACAUUUGCCAGCAGACUUCUCAGUGGAAGUUGUACAGGCCAGGAGAGAGUGGCAUGCCAUAUUUUAGUGUGGAUUAGGAACUUCAGCAAAGUAUUAUCAGAGGAACUGAGUGUCUCUGUACUUUAUUCUAAAUAACUAUGUCCUACUUACCCGCUCUUAGAAGGAAGUGAGAGGACACUUCUGUAGGUGAAAUAGUAUUCCCCCCGGUUCAGAGAGAAGAGAGCAUGGAGGCAGAGCAGAAACUUCGUUAGCAGGCAUUCUGUCCUUUGGUUAAAAGAUAAAAGUGGCCAAGAUGUGGAAAAAGGAUAAUAAAACACAAAGGAAUAAGAGUUGUAUAACUCUGAGGGACGUAAAAGAAGAUAUGAUUAAUGGAAAAAUAUCAUUUUGGGGUAGGAAGACUCAGUAUUAUAUGUCUCCCUAAAUAAAUCUUAUCCAGGAUUUCUGUUUAUUUGCCAUCUAAUCAUUUAGAGUUGCUUAGACCAGCCCUACACAGUUGCUUUAUUUUUCUCCAUAGCACUUAUCCCCAUGUGAUAUAACUAUAUAUUUACUUAAUUUUCUUUUUCCCCACUUCUGGAAUGUAAACUUACGAAGUUAUAUUGGGAGCUAGUUUCAAGAUGAAGUAUUAAUUCUAAGCCAGUCUAUCCAUAUGGGGAUGGGGAAGCCUUGGCAUUGUCCUUUUUCUGAUAACCUUUGGACCCUUUGUAAUAUUUUAUUUGACAUUUUAUAUCCUCUGCUUUGUGGGUGGGGGUUUAGUGGUUACUCUCCUGUUUGGAAAAACAAACUCAGAGAAGUACCUAGAACAGUGUGAACACUCAUUUCUUCCUCCAACAUCAACUGGGGUUCCUAAGUGCUUAGAAGAAAUGAAACGGGAAGCCAGGACUAUUAAGAUUGAUAGAAGAUUGACGGGUGCCAAUAUAAUUGAUGAACCUCUCCAGCAAGUUAUCCAGUUUUCCUUGAGGGAUUAUGUCCAGUAUUGGUAUUAUACACUAAGCGAUGAUGAAUCUUUUCUUCUUGAAAUUAGGCAGACUCUUCAAAAUGCACUCGUUCAGUUUGCUACUAGGUCAAAAGAAAUAGACUGGCAACCUUAUUUUACUACACGCAUUGUAGAUGACUUUGGCACACACUUACGAGUAUUCAGAAAGGCUCAACAGAAAAUAACAGAGAAAGAUGAUCAAGUGAAAGGUACAGCAGAAGAUCUUGUAGAUACCUUCUUUGAAGUUGAAGUUGAAAUGGAGAAGGAGGUUUGCCGUGAUCUAGUGUGCACUUCCCCCAAAGAUGAAGAAGGAUUCCUAAGGGAUUUGUGUGAGGUCUUACUAUAUUUAUUGCUACCUCCUGGAGAUUUCCAGAACAAGAUCAUGCGAUACUUUGUCAGGGAAAUCCUUGCACGAGGAAUUCUUCUUCCAUUAAUAAAUCAACUCAGUGAUCCUGAUUAUAUUAAUCAGUAUGUCAUAUGGAUGAUCCGUGAUUCUAACUGCAACUAUGAGGCCUUUAUGAACAUUAUUAAAUUGAGUGACAAUAUUGGAGAGCUAGAAGCAGUCAGAGAUAAGGCAGCAGAAGAAUUACAGUAUCUUAGAUCUCUAGAUACAGCUGGUGAUGAUAUCAACACUAUCAAAAAUCAAAUAAAUAGUUUACUAUUCGUAAAGAAGGUAUGUGACUCAAGAAUACAGCGAUUGCAGUCAGGCAAAGAAAUAAAUACUGUGAAACUUGCAGCAAACUUUGGGAAACUUUGCACAGUCCCCCUGGACAGCAUUCUUGUAGACAAUGUUGCACUACAAUUUUUUAUGGAUUACAUGCAGCAAACUGGAGGUCAAGCACAUCUAUUCUUUUGGAUGACAGUGGAAGGAUACCGGGUUACCGCCCAACAGCAGCUAGAAGUUUUAUUAAGUCGUCAGAGAGAUGGAAAACAUCAAACCAACCAAACCAAAGGUCUUUUAAGAGCAGCUGCUGUUGGAAUUUAUGAACAGUAUUUAUCAGAAAAGGCAUCUCCAAGAGUUACUGUUGAUGACUAUUUAGUAGCAAAAUUAGCAGAUACUUUGAAUCAUGAAGAUCCAACCCCUGAAAUCUUUGAUGACAUUCAAAGGAAGGUAUAUGAAUUGAUGCUACGAGAUGAAAGAUUUUAUCCUUCCUUCAGACAGAAUGCACUUUAUGUGCGCAUGUUAGCUGAGCUUGACAUGUUAAAAGAUCCUAGUUUCAGAGGAUCCGAUGAUGGGGAUGGAGAAUCUUUUAAUGGGUCUCCUACAGGAAGCAUAAAUUUGUCUUUAGAUGACCUUUCAAAUGUUUCUUCUGAUGACUCAGUACAACUUCAUGCCUACAUUUCAGACACAGGCGUUUGUAAUGAUCAUGGCAAGACAUAUGCAUUAUAUGCCAUCACUGUACACCGGCGCAACCUAAACAGUGAGGAGAUGUGGAAAACCUAUCGUCGUUAUAGUGACUUCCAUGACUUCCACAUGAGAAUCACUGAACAGUUUGAAAGUCUCUCAAGCAUAUUGAAACUUCCUGGAAAAAAGACUUUUAAUAAUAUGGAUAGAGAUUUUUUAGAAAAGAGAAAAAAGGAUCUAAAUGCAUAUUUGCAGUUACUGUUAGCUCCUGAAAUGAUGAAGGCAUCCCCAGCUUUAGCUCACUAUGUGUAUGAUUUCCUUGAGAACAAAGCUUACAGUAAAGGAAAAGGGGAUUUUGCUCGCAAGAUGGACACUUUUGUAAAUCCACUUCGCAAUUCAAUGAGGAAUGUUUCAAAUGCAGUUAAAUCCCUUCCUGAUAGCUUGGCAGAGGGAAUGACUAAAAUGUCAGACAACAUGGGCAAAAUGUCAGAAAGAUUAGGUCAAGACAUAAAGCAAUCAUUUUUUAAGGUGCCUCCUUUAAUUCCUAAGACUGAUGCAGACCCUGAACAUCGCCGAGUUUCGGCUCAACUUGAUGAUAAUGUGGAUGACAAUAUUCCACUUAGGGUAAUGCUGCUUCUCAUGGAUGAAGUAUUCGACUUAAAAGAAAGAAAUCAGUGGUUGCGAAGGAAUAUCAAAAACCUACUUCAACAGCUUAUUAGAGCUACAUAUGGCGAUACUAUUAAUAGAAAAAUAGUUGACCAUGUUGACUGGAUGACUUCACCUGAACAAGUAGCCGACUCAGUGAAACGUUUCAGAGAUGCAUUUUGGCCAAAUGGCAUUUUAGCAGAGGCUGUUCCAUGCAGAGAUAAAAGUAUUCGAAUGAGAACAAGAGUAGCAGGAAAAACGAAAUUACUUGCAAUUAUGCCAGAUGAGCUGAAGCACAUUAUUGGGGCUGAGACAACACGGAAAGGUAUUCUUCGUGUUUUUGAAAUGUUUCAGCACAACCAAUUAAAUAGGAGAAUGGUUUAUGUCUUCUUGGAAGGCUUUUUAGAAACCUUAUUUCCACAGUAUAAAUUCCGUGAACUUUUCAACAAACUGCAUUCACGGUCAAAGCAGAUGCAGAAAUAUAAACAGAAACUUCAAACUACUCAAGCGCCUUCUUUGCAGAAAAGGUGACACUCCACUCUAUGAAGCUGGUGUUCAUUUUGUCCAGGACUAAUGGUAUGGACAGAUCUUCUGGGGCUUAACUCAAAUACUGUUGUGUCUGCACCAGUCUUUUAGUGUCUCAAAAUAGAUUAUUAAUACAUCCAUAAGUCUGUGGUUCUUCUCAUUCUCAUCUAUAAUCCACCACUACCAAGAGAGAUUUCUGUGUCUUAAAUGAUUUGGUGCAUAUUUUGCAACAUUGAGAGAAAACUGCCCCCAUCUCAAGCAAGAAUGGCGUUGGUUUCUUCCAUUUCAAACUAAUCAGCGUUCUCCAGCAAUGACAAAGUGCCAGAGUGUAUAUAUGAAAGCUAAGGAAAGCACAAAACAAUGGUUCAGAGAUAAAUUGGCUAAUUUGUUUAACAGUUGGAGACUGUGCAAUGUACGAUUUGGAGGAGUUUGUUUGGCAUAAUGAUUUUGUAGGUCUGUCAGCAUUUUGAUAUAUUGUGGAUUAGCCAGGUGAAUGAUCUUUGAAACAUCUCUUUCAGGUCUGGAGAAAGAGACAGAAUGCCCUUAAAGUGUGAAAUAACCUUAUACCUGAAUUACAGUUUUGUGAUAUAAAAUAAAGCUGAGUAUAAAAUAAAACCAAUCAAACACAGAAUUUGAUUGGAUUUGUUAUUCAUUGGUAUACAACAAUUUUUAUUCUUAUGUGUGCUUUAAGGGCUGUGUUUUGCUCUUAUGGUACUCAAUUUUAUGUUUCCUUUUGGCAUUCUUUGUGCAAAAAGAAGCAUGUGGUGGCUCUCAUUUAAAUUUCAAAAUUAUUAGUUUUAUCUUUAACAGAUUACUGAUUAUACAGAAGAUAUAAUUUAUUGGAAGAACUGCCAAAUACAUUUUGUCCUUCUAAAAAUAUGGAAAUUUAAAUAGUAGUCUGGAAAGUUACCAUAUGAUAAUUUUUAAUUGUGUGAUCUAGACAUGCCUUAGGUAACUGCAGAAAUAGCAAAUUAAAUGAUGAAUGAGCUUAUUAGUCAUAGUAAACAUACAAAUUCCUAAUUCUAUGACAGUGUACAUAUAUGAAAAUAAAUGAUGAAAAAAGAACUAUAAUAUUUUUAAAAAUAUGCUUUUAUUUAUAUUUCACAUAAUGUAAAAUUCUACAAAAUAAAGCUAGUAGGCAAGACCCCUCAGUGUAUACCUUUAAACCCAUAAAUUAAUUUUAUAUCAAUAAAAUAAAACACUUUCUCUA